AAAAAAAAAAAAAACAACGUGAACCGGAAGUGUUUCUGUCUUGACUGAUUUUUACCAGUUCGUCGUUAGUUUGUAGUUCAACAAUGCAGCAACGAGAAGAGAAGCAGUUAGAAGCAGCGGUGGAGUCUCUUAUUUCUCGGGUAGCACACGUCAAAAACGCUCUUCACAGUUUCAUUUAUAAGUUGGAAAAUGAAUACGAGCGAUUAACAUGGCCCUCUGUUUUGGACAACUUCGCACUUCUAUCUGGUCAGCUAAACACUAUCAAUAAACUGCUCAAGAACGAGAAGACACCAUCUUUUCGCAACCAGGUUAUAAUACCACUGCUUCUGUCUCCAGACCGAGAUGAGGAUUUAGCAAAACUCACAGAGCAGCGUGUCCCAGUGUUCAGCCAUGAGAUUGUACCAGACUACUUGCGGACCAAGCCUGAUCCAGAGGUGGAGGAGCAGGAGAAACAGCUGAGUGCAGAGGCGGCACGAAUUGGUCCAGAGGUGGCACAGAAACAGAUCCAGACGUUGAAUAAAUUGUGUUCCAAUCUGCUAGAGAAACUUAACAAUCCUCGUGAUGACAGAGAUGCAGAAAGUGCAGCAAUACGGCAGAACAAACCAUCUUUCAACCCUGCUGAUACUAACGCAUUGGUUGGAGCAGUUGCAUUUGGAAAGGGGCUUUCCAAAUGUAGGCCUCCAGGUCCAGUGGCCCCUGGACAUCCAGGGCAAGGGCCCAUGAUGAGUGGAGGUCCAACCUUACAGCAGGUCACUAUUGGUGGUGGUUCAAGCCAGCAAGCAGGUAUGGGUGGACAUGUGGCUCCACAACAGCAAGGGCAGCCAGGUAGGAGACCUGGAGAGCUGGGAAAAAUGCCAAGCAGCAUCAAGACAAACAUCAAAUCUGCAUCCGGUUCAAUGCAUCCUUACAACCGAUAAGCUCCUUUCUUAUUUGUUAAGCCAACAUUUGUUACAUUUCGGUGACUCACCUAUAGCAAUGACAGCAUUUUUAAUACACACCUUUUGUAACCUUAUAUAAAUCCAUUAUUUUCAUAGAAUGAACCAACUUCUGAAAGUUAUCACUCUGUUCUCUCUUAAUCUGUUUCACUGACAUUCUUAGUGUAAAAUGAUCUCAAACAUAAAAUGUUAAUAUGACAUUUUUAAUUUUUGAUACAUCAUCUGAGCCUCAGUGUUUAAGCCACUUGAUGGCAGUAUGUCAUCAUUUAUCGGUUAAUAAUAGCUUGUACUUGGAACUGUACAAGUCACCCUUUUUUAAUAAAAGAUCUCUUAAAAGAA